AUGUUAAUCUCUGAAGAAAUUUUGGCUGUUUGUAAUGACAGCAGUGAGAAUUGCGAUGAAACUUCUGCGAGAUUUCGGCGUUUCAAAUUCCCCUCAGGACUGAAUGAUAAUGCCAUAUAUUUGAACGGAUCCGCUGCACUACGUCUGAGUACUCCGAAAUGGCCCAUUCUUGUGGGUAAUAUGCGUUUUGCAUUCACACUCGAAAUUUGGAUACAAAUUGAUGGUGGACAAACGGAUUUUGCUACUAUAGUUGCAUUGAAUGAUAUUUGUGGCGAUGUGAGAGCUAGAGCAACAUGGAAACUUUCGAUUGAAACCGAGCAUGGUGGAGAAUAUGGAGCCCGCUUGCAGUUAUCAGUUGCUUCAGAAUUAUUGCCUCAGUCAUAUCACAUCAGAAAUGAAAAACCUCAUAAACUUGGUGAAUGGCUCCAAAUAGUAGCGGUAUUUGAUUCACAUCAACUUUUACUCUACGUAAACGGUGCACGUGUGGGUAAACUAAUGCGUGAAUUUGGCGCUCUUUACUCCGAACUUCGAAGUGCUUGUAAACGAUUGUAUCUAGGAGCAGAUGGCGGUAGAUUUAGGCGUGAUGAAGUUAUCGGCUUCCGCGGUUUUAUCGGCAAACUGCGCAUUACUGACCGUCCAAUGCAUCACUUGAACUUUUACGAAGAGCAAUGGAUGGGAAAUAUCAUUGAAGAUAAUUUUUUGAAUACCGACCAGUGGAAGUUACUUGGCAAGAAUGAUAUGCCUCAAAGUAUUGAAAUACCCGCUUGUGGCCAGACUAUUUGUGACAGUCCAAUCGUGAUAAGCAAUUACUUGCAGCAAGCUGACUUCACUGCUCUCAAAAAACUGAGAUACAGAGUGAUUGUGAUUAGUGAUGAUGAUGGAAGCAACGUGAAUAUGGAAAGUGAUCAGAUUACGCUACAACACUUGAAACUUUCACAAGCUUUUGCACCAUAUAAUAUAACGUGGGAACUUGAAGUAAUAAAUAUUCGUAAUACAUCGUUACGACGUAAAACUAUUGUGUUUGGCUGCCAUUCCUCAGCAAUUGGUAACAAGCGUUGUGAUAUUGAAUGUCGUCAUGCAGUUACUGGCGAUGACGGAGGUGACUGCAAAACUCAAAACAUACUUUCUUACUUAAAGAGUAAGUGCGAAAAGUGGAUGCCUGGAAAUAAGCACUGUGAUUUGCAAUGCAACAAUCGUGAACAUAACUGGGAUAACGCUGACUGUUGUACCAAUUUUGUUGACAGCGACAAUCGACACUGCAUUGACCCUUCUUCUGUUUACAGGUUGUGUUCAGUACAAUGUCAGUUCAGGCGUUACAUCAAUGUCGAAGAAUACAAAGCAUCAGUUGCAAUGAACAAUGAAAAAGCAAUGAACGUACAAUUUGGUAGCUGGGAAGCAAAUGACCUAAGUGGAUUUUCAACAUUUCCUUGGGAGAAGGAUAUUUAUGGCAACCAAGGAGGAGUACUACUUCGCCACGAUCGAUUCGGAACGCCUGGUCAAGUGAAUACUUUGAUUCAUGAGGUAGGACAUAUACUCGGCCUUUGGCACGUACAUCACGGAAUUAGCGAGGUACCAUGUGGAGAUCCAUGUCAAGAGAAAACGCCUUCCAUGACAACCGGUACUAGCUUCUGUUUCGGAAUUUUAAUAAGGUUUCAACAAACAAUUGUUAGAAAGUUCUCAUAUAACUAUAUGAAAGCGGUUUUAGGCGACAUGGUGAAUGAUACAAAUCCAACAAUCAAAAACACAGCAUGCGCUGAUCCCGAAACAGUUAACCCUUGCGACGUAACGCAAGAAUUUAAGGAUACACCUUUUCGGAAUUAUAUGAGUUAUGCAGGUGAUAACUGUGCUAAUACAUUUACCCCACAGCAGAAGGCAAGGAUGCAUUGUUAUAUCGAUUUAAAGUAUACCAAUUGGUUGGUUCGUUCAGCACCGAUUCCUAAACAUAUUACUCUAGCUCCCCGAAUCGUACCAUGGCCUGAAACAAAUUCUAGAAGCGUCAAAAUUAUGUGGAUACCACCAUUUGAUAGCAUGAACUGCGGUCCACAACAAAAACGUGUGCGUGAGACACACUGUACUGUAGAUAAUCGUGUCGUGCAAUAUGCGGUUUCAGCAAGUUCAUCUGAACCCUUUCAAAUGUCAGGUAUUUGGGGUCCAGAGCAAGCUACAGGUACCAUACUUAUUACUUCAUAUAAGCUAAUAAGCAACAUAACAGUCCAAAAUCUUUUGAAUGAUCAAAAGGAGUUGAUUUUUACAAAAUUAUUAGGACCUCCCGAUGCUGAACCUUGUUCUGCUUCUACUAAAGCAUGGCUUCCUGAUGUACAAGAUUGCGAUGACGCUAGUGACAAAUGUACGCUGAAAUUAAAACCUGACGUGGAAACUGAAGUAGAAAAGUUGUCUAUAUGGUUUGCUUGGAAUGCGGCUAGUGGUGUGCGGUUUGUGAAGAUUCAAUUCACUGAUGGUAGUGUCGAAUUAUUUGAACAGCUUUAUGCUCACUGUGAUCAACCUCUAACCUUACGUCUUAACUCACGAAAAUGGAUUAAAGAAGUGCAAGUCCGAAGCAACAACCCAUUUGUAAGCAUUGAUGCAGUAGAGUUUGUUUCAUCUCCUCAAAAUUCAUUUUGUUCGCACUGCAUACCAUAUCACUAUCGUGUUUAUCGUACACCGUCGUUUUCUGAAAGGUUCAUAGAAACAACCAACUAUCACAUAAUUGAUAGGUUUUUAUUUUUUACUAAUUUCAUUUGCAAAAAGACAUAUGAAAUUUUACACUGUCAUACUUUAUUUCAUUUCAGUACAGUCCAGCAAGGAGUUACUUAUACUUAUUCAGUUACAGUGGAAAGUAAGGGUGUUGAAGGGUUAUAUUCGCCUACUGCUCGCUAUUCCACUGAAAUGAAUGUUUGUGGUGAUGGGAAACGCAGCAAUGAUGAGCAGUGCGACGAUGGAAAUUUAUAUAAUAGUGAUGGUUGUUCGCAAGACUGUUUGGUUGAGGAAAAAUUUCACUGUGUUGAAGUUAACAAAUCUACUGCAAGUUUUUGCUAUGUAUAUGAAGGCGACAACGAAUGUGAAGCAUUUGAAGAAAGUUAUGAUAAAGAUUGCAAAAGUAUUGACCCAUCUACAAAAUAUUCUCAAUAUUAUCCCGUGAAUGUUCAUGUUUAUUCUGCAACUUUGCGGAGGAACUGUUCAUUGCAUUUACAUUCUUCCUUAACAUCGGGCUGCGAUGUUCAAUCUUCUAGCUCGAGAACGUGUUUGCAGCAGUCAGAUUUAGAUGAACUUUUCUUGCAUGCAUCAUUCCAAGGAGGAAUUUUUCCGACUAGUGUUAUCAUAGGUUAUGCUACUGUUUUCAAAAUUGGAUCAAAAUCCGUCUUGUCUACCAUUCGAAUAAGUGUGCAGUAUAUUAACAAGACGACCAUUAGUUUAGAUGAACAACGAAUCCUGUCAUGUGCUCAAAACCCUUUGGAAGUAGCAAUUCCAUAUAUGCUUAUCAAUAAGUUAUCAUAUGCUAAGGCAGUUUAUUUAUACAUAUCAAAUCCAGACCAAAUUGUUAUCACUGCAGUUAUUUUGCGAUCACUAAAGAUAUUCGACUUGCCUACAUUACAAACUUGCGCAGCAGAAAACAAAUUUUAUGAUCCAGUGAGUGGCUUUUGCGUAUCAAAAAAUUGUCAGUCAAUGAAAUCAGCUUCAUGUAUUCCUUUAAGUGUACCGAAAUCAAAGCGAAAAUGUCAUGAAUUAAUAUGCAUCUACAAAUGUGAAGACGGAUUCAUGCUCGAGAAUUCACAAAAGGCAGCUAAAAUAAGGUGUGUGAAUGGCCAUUGGAUAGGAACUGGAAAUUUAAAUUGCCAGCCAGUUCAUUGUUCAGUUCCAAAACUUGAAUAUGCUGAAGUAGACUGUCCGGAUGGUACAAACUAUAAUAAGAAGUGUACAUUUCGGUGUAAAGACAAUGCGAUGAUGAUUGGACAAAAGAAUUAUAUGGUCUGCAAAGAAAAUGGGUUGUGGACACUACCAGAAGCUUUUUGUCAGCACAAAUAUUCGAUAUGUAAAAAAGAUGGUACUUGGUCAAAUAACUUCCAGUGCCCGUCACCCCGAAAAAAUUGUUUGUUACCAGCAGUUAUGCGAGAUCUUCAAUUCAAAUGUCCGAGAAGACUAGUAUCUGGUGCCGCUUGUUUGGUACAGUGUCAUAGAAAAGGUUAUGAUGCUGCAUUAGAAGAUAAUAAAAUUCUUCCAAAUGGUGAACGUUUAUUAUCAUUUCGAGUGGUGCACAGUAUAACUUGCACUAUUUCUUCGACAUUCUAUCCUCAAGUGCAUACUCUGAGUUGUGUACGUUCUUGCAAUAAGGAAUUUAUGGGUGACGGAUGGUGUGACUUUCAAAACAACCGUGGAUAUUGUAAAUGGGAUGGUGGUGAUUGCUGUGCUAGUACUGUCCGUGGUGGACAUGUUCGAUUAAUGUUUCCUUCGUUGUGUACCUCAGUUCUAUGUCAGUGUAUCGACCCAUUUGCAGUGGAAAAUAAAGCAUUAAGUUUUGCAGUUCACGAUGCUAACAACAUUGUACGUGAGCGCAAAAUCGCAAUGAAACGUGCAGUCCGUGAUUAUACCGUAAAUGCUGAUACUUCAAGUAGUGAUCAAGUUUUGGAUACUUCAGCAAUCUCUUCUGUAAAGGCUUUAUUUAGUCCACGUGAUGACAUCUAUAUGGAUGACUUUGAGAAUCAGCAAGAUGACAAAAGAAAAAGUAUUAUGUCAUUAAAUAAGAUGAAAGAUUGGAAAGAAGUUGCGUGGUCAGUGAAAAGCGCCUUAAGAAUUCGUCAACAGCAGUUCAAGAACAAAAUGUGA